UACAACAAAUUGGAAAUGGAGCACUAUGUUUAUAGACUGGCAAAUUAUGCGACUGGGGGAGGGUGGGGCAUGACGUUUGCUAUUUCAAAUGACUUUCAGGCACAAAUCGAAUAAGCUACCAAAAGUCUGGUUAACCAUAAAUCCGUUUCUUACCGGCCUCUCACUGAAUGAUAUUAACUUGUUAACUAUGUUACUCAUAAAGCUCUUCCACUCCGCUGUCUGCUGGACGUCCCUGUCUGAGAUUGUAACACACUGCCCCACUUCUUUCUCCUUUUGUGUGUGCGCGUGUGUGCGUGUGCAUGAGGGGCGGCUGGCGCUCUGUGCUCUGCUCGGCUCAUUGCUAGCAAUGGCGCUGCGGGCUGGCCAGCUCUUUUCUCCGUGUCUACUCGCGGUGGCUCUGUUAUUGCUUGCUAGCGGACCACAGCUUGCACUUUGUUGUCCGAGUCGCUGUUUGUGCUUCCGAACCACCGUGAGAUGUAUGCAUCUAAACCUGGAAACAGUACCGGCGGUGUCGCCACAGACGACCAUUCUAGACCUGAGGUUCAACAAAAUCAAGGAUUUACAGCCGGGUUCCUUCCGACGACUAACAAACCUCAACACACUCCUUCUCAACAACAAUCAUAUACGCAGCAUCCCCAGGGAAGCAUUCGAAGACCUGGAAAACCUCAAAUAUCUGUGAGUUGCACUCGUG